AUGGGUGUUCGCUCCCGCAUUCUCCUGACUGCAAUCUCGUGGCUUUUCUUGCACACGGCCAAGACCUCGGCAGCAUUGUUCCAGUGCUUUGGUUUGCUGGUUGUGGCCCCAGGUGACACGCUGGCACCCUGGGCGUGGCGGAGUUGCUUUGCGCGCCAGCCCGCAGGACAGCGACGCGGAGGACUGGCUCGCCAAGAGCCGCGAGGAGGUGGAGGGCUUCUGUCGAACUGGGUCGAAGCCGUACUGCUGGAUGCUGGGUUUGAAGCAGACGACAUCACCGAAGUCACCCCCAUUCUGCUGAAGCAGAAGGUGAUCGGAGCGGCCCUACUGCAGCUGACACUGGAAGAGCUGAUGCAGGAUGGCGUUCCGCGUGGCCUGCCCUGA